GUGAAUGAGGAAGAACGCGGAAAGGAUGUUGUGCACCCGACAAGGAAUAUGUCUGAUGAUAUCUCAAAAACGUUUGUAUCGGAUACUGGCUAUGCAUGGGUUAUAUUAACAGGUGUGUUUGUAUUUUUUCUGUAUCGUUCUUCAACACUAUGGGCAAUGAUCCGCUCUAAUCAUUCAUUGCAUAGGUCUUACACUGAUCAAAAUUGAUAGUAUCUCUGAGGGUAGAAUAUCGACAGCUGUUACCAACCCAAUGCCGUAAAAUAAACUCUGUCUGUGUGCAGUUAUAAUACUUCUGAAGACUAUUUAUAGAUAUUCAAGAUCCAAAUCAACCACCAAAACAUGGUCACCACUUCAGGCAUUUCGCAGUUAGUGACUUUAUCAAUCACUUAGUUUAAGUGGAAUUGCAGGAACCACAGACGUCCGAUCAUUAUCGAAAAUUGGAAUGGCGCAAAUUGGUGCUAUCAGUGUCCCCGAUACACAUAAAUAAAUUACGCCUUUUGUUUUCAGCAUGUUUUUUUGCUAAUAUGCUCCAGUUUGGGUAUCAGAAAGCAUUUGGACUGUUAUUUGUGAAGUUUUUAGAGGAAUUUCAAGCUCCAGUGUCUUUCACAUCUAUCAUACUUGGAUUGUUCGAGGCUAUUACCAGUCUAGCUAGUCUAUUUAUUAUGGGAGUUCUGCUAGAUUACUGGUCUAUUCGAGUAUAUGGUAUACUUGGUGCGCUUCUCUCAGCAACUGGUGUAGCUCUCAGUGCCUUUGCAAUGAGCGUGGAAUACCUUAUUUUUUCACACAGUGUUCUUGUAGGUAUUGGUUAUGCAUUUUCAUUUGGACCAAUGUUCGUUUUGAUUUCAAGACACUUUAAAAAGAGAAGAGGUCUGGCCUUUGCUAUAUCUAGUGCCGGAGUCACUCAAGAAAAUGGACUCAGUGAAUACCAAUCUUCGGUGCUUCUUAGUGUAAUUGGUGCCUUAGAUGUCAUAUUUCGAAUUGUUCCUGGAAUAAUCAUAGAGUUUAGAAUUGUAAAAGCCCAGCAUAUUGUGAUAUUUUCGUUGAUUGUCCUGGGAACCGUGUUUCAAUUCAUCAGUUUUUUCAAUGACUUUGCUACUUUGAUGGUGCUAUCGUGUUUAUAUGGUAUAUUUGGUGGUAGUUAUUUUACGCUGUUGGCCGUGAUUCUUAUUGAUAUUAUGAAUAUAGAUAACUUUGGUAAAAUAUUUGGUUUUGUGCAAAUAUUCCACGGGGUGUCUUCUUUUGUAAUUUUCCCAGCUGCCGGUGGAUUAAAAGAUUUAACUGGUACAUAUACUUCAUGUUUCCAGUUUCUUGGUGCCUGCUUAUUACUGAGUUCUAUUAUAUUAUUAUUCGAACCUCUUGUUAAAAAA